CUUAAAUCGAGUAAAGAAGAGGAAGAGUAGUUCCAAUGUCGGUUACCUAACCUACUAAAGUAUUAAACUCGCAAAUUCGGCUGGGUAAUGCGACGGUAGUGGGAAUAUUUCCCUGUAAAUAUGACAUUCGUCGACGAGAGUGCAGAAAAUGGGCAGCGGGAAGGUACCGGCAAUAAUAGUCAAUGGGGUUACGACAUGUACCCAGAGAGGAGACAACGGCCGUCUACGAACACGGGAGUAGUCAGCAAGCUGUUCUCGCCAAAAGGACGCGACAACUUGGAGAAAAUAAAGUGCGAGAGGAACGUUUAUAGGUGCUUCAAGGAAAGCCCCUUGGUUAAACUGAUGUUGGGGGCGCUAAAAUCGGCCGGGUGCCCCGUCGAUAUCCGCAGGCACAUCGCGUGUGAAGAGUGCGCCCCCAACGUUAGCGGGGGCUACGACCCCGUUCUAAACCAGGUAGUCAUCUGUCACAAUACGGUCAAAAAAUCUGGUCUCAUGCAAGGCGUGUUGAUGCACGAGAUGAUCCACAUGUUCGAUUACUGCCAGAACAAAUUGGACUUUAAAAACCUCGACCAUCUCGCGUGUACGGAGAUCCGGGCGGCUAACUUGGCCCACUGCUCGUUCAUGUCGGCUUGGAUGGCCGGCGACACGUCCAUAUUCAAUUUCAAGCAGAGCCACCAGACGUGCGUGAAAAACAAAGCGUUGAGCUCGAUCCUGGCCGCGCGGAAUGUCACCGAGGAGGAGGGUAUGCGCGCUAUCGAACGCGUCUUCACCAAGUGCUACAACGACCUCGAGCCGGUGGGCAAGCGGCUCAGACGCAAUUCCGACGACAUAAACAAAGUUUACCGGGACGGUUUCUAUUACGGUUACGAGUUGUAAUCCCUGUUUUGUUAUAAUCAGCGAAAAUAUAGUUUAGCAAAUGGUUGAA